AUGUCUAAUUACCAGAUUCGGGAGCAUGAAAAGAAAUGCUUAUACUCUUUCGACUCAGGCGUUGUUGAGCUUAAUGUGCACUGUCGGAUCCCAGAGUCUACCCGUGGAUCCUCUUGGGUCCCUCUGACAGACCGAUCUACAAAUAAGCCACUGUAUGACGGCACGAUUUACUGUGCUUUACAUCCAGAACUUUCUAUCAAUAAUGGAUUGUUAUGGGAUCUGUAUCAAGUUCUUGCUCGGCAAGGAUGCGCUUUCACAAUCUUUCCUUCCGUUGCAGCAUUUGAGCUCUACAUGAACCGGGCAAAGGAAACAGGCGGGGAGUUUAAAGAGGGCAACUGGGAUGUACGGGACGGCGAAUCUCGGAUAUGGCGCGACGUUAAGUCGAAUGCUGUUGAUCCAGACACGAAAUCUGGUUAUUGGGUUACAACCCAUGUUGUUGAUUGGUUUACUCUGCCAUAUAUAAACUUUGUUUAA